GACCUUACUACAAGUGUCUCGGUCUGCCGGUACCUUGGUUUUAUGACCUCCGCUUCGGCCGAGUCGAGACUAGUGCCUGGAUUCCCUGGACCUGUCCCACUUGAUCUCGGGGACCGUAAGACGUUUGCCUGCAUGGCGACCAUGAUGGAAUUGGGUCUGGUACGGAUUAACAGAAAUUUUGCAAACUCUGUUACAGGGUUCGAUAUAUUGUUUGGUCGUUUUAUUGUCCGGGACUGUUGUAUCACUUAGAUUAGGUAGGGCGUUCGACUGUUUCGGCGGGCCUCACUCUGUUGGUAUCUCCCUUCGAGCUAGACGUGCGGGUUCAUAGGGGUGUGAGUUCUCUCGAUUCUCAAGGACGUGUAUUCAUUUCCCCAAUGGGUAUACGCGUUGUUUGUCAUGCCUCAAUUGCCGGUUUUCGUCGUUUUUUGUCCAUCUCCGACUCGGGAUUUGUUCCCCUUAUCAUACCCUUUUUUUCUUCUUUCAGAUGGGUUUGGAUGUUCGGACCUUAGUUGUCUAUCGGCGCUAG